CUCUCCCGGAAAUAAUGGAGUUCGCUUCUUCUGGAAUUUGGUUGAUCGUGGCCUUGCUUGCUAUAGUUUAUUAUUACUUCCAUCGAAAGUUUUCCUAUUGGAAGGAUCGCGGUGUCCCUUACAUUGAGCCAAAUUUUCCAUUGGGAAAUCUUAAUUGGAAACACACUGGAAAUUUGAGAAAGUUGUUUGAUAAAUUAUACAACGCGGGGGGAGAAACUCCUUUUGUCGGCGGGUACAUUUCCAUCAAACCAGUUGUAGUAGCAACUGACUUGGAUUUUGUGAAAGAUGUGUUAGUGAAAGAUUUCAGCAACUUCCAUGGACGUGGUAUGUACGUGAAUGAGAAAGAUGACCCCGUCUCAGGACAUUUAUUUUCUUUGGAUGGACCAAAAUGGAAAUCACUUCGGAUGAAGCUUUCACCGACUUUCACUUCUGGAAAGAUGAAGUACAUGUUCCCGACCAUAGUUGAUGUAUCGGAGCAGUUCAAUCAAACUUUGGGUGAAACGCUACACAAGGUGAAGGAAAUUGAUGUGAAAGAAAUACUUGCUUGUUUUACAACUGACGUCAUCGGGUCAUGUGCCUUUGGAUUAGAAUGCAACAGCCUAAAAGACCCGGACACCGUGUUCCGUAAAUAUGGUCGCAUGAUUUUCGAACGAUCCAAAACACGCUCUAUAAAACGGGUUAUUUUUCUACUCCCAAAAUUGGCUGCCAUAUUGCGCCUAUCGGUUUUUAGUAAGGAGAUCAACAAUUUCUUCAUGGGUAUUGUGCGUCAAACCAUCACACACCGUGAGAAAAAUAAUGUAAGGCGAAACGACUUCAUGGAUUUAUUGAUUAACUUGAAAAAUAGUGGUUCCCUGGACGAAGAAAAGAAAACUAAAUUGGAAGAGCUUACUUUGGAAGAGAUGACCGCCCAGGCAUUCGUUUUCUUUGCCGCUGGUUUUGAAACCUCUUCAACAACGAUGAUGUUUGCCUUGUAUGAACUUGCAUUGAGCUUAGACAUCCAGGAGAGGCUACGAACUGAAAUAAACACAGUUUACACCAAACACGAAGGUCGCUUGACAUAUGAAGCUAUAAAGGAUAUGGUGUAUUUAGAUCAAGUGAUUAAUGAAACUUUACGAAAAUAUCCACCUGUUCCGGCAUUACAGCGUAUAGCUCAAGCCGAUUACAAAGUUACUAAUACGAAAUUGGUGAUUGAAAAGGGAACAACGGUAAUGAUACCCGCUUAUCAGAUUCAACACGAUCAUCGCUAUUAUCCAAACCCAGAGAAGUUCGAUCCGGAUCGUUUCCUGCCGGAACUAUGGAAAGCACGACAUCCGAUGACAUUCUUGAGCUUUGGUGACGGUCCCAGAAAUUGCAUCGGUCUGAGGUUUGGUAGGAUGCAAUCACGGGUGGGUCUCGCUAUGCUACUGAAGAACUAUCGGUUUGAAGUAUCAAAGAAAACACCAAUCCCAAUGAAGUUUUCAAAAUCUGGUGGGAUCUUGUCACCAUUGGACGGAAUGCAUUUGAAAAUUACAAAAAUUUGAGUUCAAUGAUUAAGGUUUGUUCAAACUAAUGCGGUUGCCAGUACGUUUAUGAUGCGCGGUUAUUAGCGGUGGCGGUUUCCCGUGUGUACUUUCGGACAACUGUGGCAUUAUCAACAGGGUGAACUCCGAGUUGUUCAAGAAAGUUAGCAAUUUUUUGAAGAUGCACUGCUGGAAUGAAAACCCGUAACUACUAUUAACUUUGCUGCGCAAAGAAGAUUGAUUAGAAUGGGCCGGGCAGCUGUCCUGGAACUUCGCCUUUUCUUGCAAAGCAAUAAGCCAAGGUGCACUAAAAACAGAACUACUCGCAUACCAGGAAAUGGUCGAAAAUCCUUUCAAAUUCACAACUACGUACUCUUUAUUUCAUGGUAAUGAAGAGAGUUUGGCCCUAAAAUGGGGACGGAAUUUUGGCGCCGCUCUUUCCGCUGUUGGGCGCUUCUAAAGGGUAAGAAAAAAUUCAUACAAACAAAGUGAGUGAGAGUUAACCAAAGAGAAAAUGAGAGUGUGCCCUGUCCAAUAUUUUCCAAAAAAUGAACAGAAAAUUCUGAGGCAGUGGCUUUGAACUAUUUCAACCACAUAGCUGUAGAUUGUAGCGCUAACUUCUCUAAGGAAUUAUACGGACAGAAAACUUAAUGUGACAUUUCAGGUGUGGACAGAAUUAAUCAAUUUUAUCAAUGAUUCACAUCAAUGAUUGUAAAUGGAGCAGAAUACCUGGAAUUUUGACUUUGGAAAUUUCAAAUUUUGAUAAGAAUUUACUACCUUAUAUAAAGGAAAUUUGAAAAAAAAUAAGAACAUUCUUGCUCAUAGGACGCAGUACCCAACCGUCAACUUUGCCGUAGUACCGAAGCACCAGAGCAGUAUACUGCCGCAAGUAAGACCGUUCCCCCGUAAUGAACUUAUCUAUUGCUGCUCUGCUACGUUACUGCCUACUACAUUCGUUUGGGAGACCUUUACAUUGGAUUCUAUUAAAUUUUCGAACAAGUUUCAUAACGUUCUAUCUUUCUAAGUAAAACUUAGGAUUAUGGCUAUUAUGGUAUCAUUUUUCUAUUAAAUUCGAAUUUUGAGUAUCGCCGAGUAACAUUCUUAUCGCCCAAAUUUUAUUGUGCAAAUAUUUGAGAUGCUAAAUAAAGUAUUAUUAUUCAUUG